AUGCGUACUCGUUCUCAGCAGCAGUCACCUGGCAACUUCGUCUCUCUCGAGAAUACAUCUCGUCGGACUCGGUCGACCCGAAGCGCCUCGCAGACCAAACCUGCCAAUACCACAAAUGCCACCGAUCGCACCGAAGAAGAACCUUCUGUGCCUUCUAAACAGCCCGCGCCUCGCGCAAAGGGCCAGCGUUUGACCAAGAAGAAACCCACCACAACUACCAAGAAUAAAGCCACCAAGGCUGCUUCCAUUAAGCCCGCCGCGAAAGCCACCCGGAAGUCGACGCGAAGGACCGCGAAGGCCACAUCCGAAGAGCCCGAAACCCAUACAGACGAGACGCCGGAGACAACCCCAGAAACCGACGAAAACAAAGAAAACGCCGACUAUGCGGUCCAGAAUAACGAGUCCGAUACAGCUACUGCCGAACAGGCUUUAGCUGAGAAGGAUGACACCCAAAGUGAGUCGACCCCAAGCUCGCCACCGUCUACGCCGGCCUGUUGGGCCUCCCCCCAUUCCCCUGCCCCUUCUUCCCCCAAUGCUCCCACCCUUAACAUCUCCAACCUUCCUCCCUUGGGAACCAUCCGUGCCUCGUGGACCGAAUAUCUAUUCGGGGACAUCAGCGACAUUGGCUCGCCCCUUUGCGAACGAUCAAGGACCCCUUUGCUGGAUGAACCUUUGUUUGCCGAUGGCGAACUCGACGAGCUUCUUUCUAUGCAGAUGAGGGGGGCCCUCCUGGCUCGUGACACUCUCCAGGAGGGCCGAGGGGCGAGCCACUGUGUCCAAUCCACUUAG